GCGCUACAAAGCAGAACGACGAGUACAAGAGAUGGGUUUGACUCAUAAGGUGAAGAGUUGACAUCAGGACAUGAGGGAGAAUCAUCGAAUACUGAAUUAUAGAAGCUUCAGCUAGUUGUCUUUUUAACGGUCGCUUUGUAUUUUCCGUAGCCAAAACCUUAAAUCUUAGUGUUUUGGAAGGUAUAAUCCAUCAAUUUUGAGGAUCAAAUUUUUAUCACUUUAAUGAAAGUACGACAGAACUACACAAAGCUACACCUAGCCCAAUUGUUUCAUUGUAGUGUGGCCACAAUUUCUAACAUUGUUAUAGCAUUCACUCAUGUUUCGCAUGAAAUUUUGUUUGACGACCUAAUGACAUCGAUUCCAUCCCUGGAAAAAAAUAAGAUUUCUGCACCCUCCUCUUUCAGGCAAUUUGAAUCCUGUCGGAUUGUUAUAGACUGCACAGAUAUUGAGGUUGCUGCACCGGGAUUGAUGAGUCAGCAAAAUGCCACCUAUUUAUCAUACAGAGGAAUGAAUUCCUUUAAGGUAAUAGUUGGUGUUGCACCAAAUGGAGUCUUUAUUAAUGUCAGUCGGCUGUAUCCAGGUUCUAUUUCAGACAAGGCCAUUGUGCAACAGUCUGGACUCCUUAAUCGCUUGACAGCUGGAGAUAUGAUUCUGGCGGACAAGGGUUUCCUUAUCCAGGAUGGUACAGAGAGUGAGGUCAAGAAAACAAACACUAUAGCUAAAGCAAGGAUUCAUGUCGAAAGAGCCAAUGCUAGGCUGAAAGACUUCAAAAUUUUAGGCAUCAUUCCUUCGUAUUUGUGCUGCUAUGCUGACAUUUUGUUUCAGUUAUGGGCGGCACUUGUAAAUUUGCAAUUUCCUUUCAUCAAAGAGGGAUUGUGAAGAUAUGGUUUUUGAGUAGUUUUAUGCUUGAAGACUACAUUGGACAGUUUUUUAAUAAUUAUUGUUGUUCAAAUAGAAAUAAAAUAAUUUGUA